UCAACGUGCUGAAAACGAAAAAGUCAUCAAGGAGCCACUCCAAAAGGCCAGUUUCAAGUUCGUCAAGCUCAAGGUCGGCAUGAGCGGAAGAGGAGUGGCUGUUCUUCUCAGCCUCAAGGUCGCUGGAGUGUGACGGCGUCCAACGUUUUCAUGAUUGAUCCAUCAACGUUAGGUGGCUGGAUCCGACGGCCCAAAAAGUUCGGCAACUUGCGCUGGCAUCGCCCUCAAAGAUCUUCUUGACGCUGCAAAACUCCCCGCUAUGGAGGAGAGAUGCCAGGAUGCUCGUCCGAGCGCGCAAGGCAUCUUCAUCUUUGAAUGCAAUCACCUCCCUUCCUCCAGAGCCCUGGCGCUGCUGCGCUGUCGGAUGAGCUCGCCAUAACUCCUGGAAUCCAAGCUCCGAUCAUCCUCACGCUCCAAAUGCUCCACUAUCUCUCGCAGAUUCUUCCCAGUCCACAAAGUGCCCGCUGUUGAUGGUGGCGACCCUGGUAUACAGCGCCAUCCACCGCCUGUUUCGUGUCAUCGUAGCCCCAGAUCGAUCGAUUCACGAGGAGCUCGCGAGCAAGGAGACAGGUAGCGUUUGGAUGGCCGCCGCCAAAGCCCUAAACCCUCUUCCUCGAGGCGAGGGACGAGUGGGCAUGGGCGCCAGCAUCAGGAGUGGCGCGAGCUUGGCGGCUACGGGCUACAUUCCGCGGAGCUUGCGAUCGCAGCAGUGCUCCAGCGCUAGAUUCCGGGUGGAGCUCCUCGCUCCCACCAGGAAUUUAGGUCUUUCCAGCAACCUCCAGCAGCAGCACCAUCCGCUGGAAUUCGCGUCUAGCGGCAAGAAGCAAGGAUCCUUGUUCUUGGUUCCAAGCACGGGCGAUAACUGGAAAGCUCGCAGCGAUCUUCUUCCUUGCCGAGCCAUUGCCGAGGAAGAACAGAUGGCCGAUGCCAAAGAAGCUGACACAGCUGCCAGAAUCGAUGGCAAGGCAAUCUCGCAAGCGAUCCGGGACGAGGUUGCGCAAGAGGUGGCCAGGAUGAAGAGCGCGCUGGGAAAAGUUCCCGGCCUCGCUGUUAUUCUGGUUGGCAGCCGCAAGGAUUCGCUGCUCUACGUGACGAGCAAGGAGAAGGCCUGCGAGCAGGCUGGAAUUCGAUCCUACAGCGUCAACUUGCCCGACACCGCCACCGAGGCCGAGAUCUUGGAGCACGUCCACAAGUUCAAUCGUGAUCCCGAUGUUCACGGCAUCCUCGUCCAGCUUCCACUCCCAAAGCACGUCCGAGAGCAAGAAAUCCUGGGAGCCGUGAGCAUGGACAAGGACGUCGAUGGAUUCCACCCCACGAACAUUGGAAGGCUGGCCAUGCAAGGAAGGCAGCCUCUUUUCAUCCCGUGCACGCCUCGGGGGUGUAUAGAGCUGCUACUGCGAACCGGCGUGCAAAUCAGUGGCAAGCAUGCUGUUGUCAUCGGUCGCAGCAACAUCGUAGGAACGCCAGCAGCGAUGCUCCUCCAGCGUCACAAUGCAACCGUGACGGUGGUUCACUCUUACACUCCAGAUCCGGCUGCGGUGACGAGAACUGCGGAUAUCGUCAUUGCCGCGGCUGGAGUGGCUCAUCUGGUGCGGAAAGACUGGCUCAAACCAGGAGCUGUGGUGAUUGACGUUGGUAUCAACCCGAUCGAGGAUCCUUCCGCAAAGAAAGGCCAUCGCACAGUAGGUGAUGUCCACUUCAAAGAAGCGUGUAGUGUGGCGUCGGCCAUCACUCCAGUCCCUGGAGGUGUUGGACCCAUGACCAUCGCCAUGCUCCUCCAAAACACUGUAGAAUCGGCCAAGCGGGCCUAUGAAUUCAAUGGAACUUAAGCGGCUAGCAAACUAAGUCUCGAGUCUCGCCAAAAAUGAAAGUUUUGGAUACAAAGAAA